AUGGGGGAUCUGAACUUUUUCUUGGGUCUUCAAGUGAAGCAGUCCACGAAGGGAACUUGUAUUAGUCAGCAGAAAUAUAUCAAGGAACUUUUGAAGAGGUUUGAUAUAAAAGCAUCAAAUGUGAUUGACACCCCCAUUGCCACUGCCGCCAAGCUAGACAUGGAUGAAUCUGGCUCUCCUGAAUCUCAUCUAAAAGCUGCUAAAAGAAUUCUGAGAUAUCUUAAGGGAACACGGGACAUGGUUCUGUAUUACCCUUUAGGUGACAACUUUAGUCUUGUUGGUUAUGCUGACGCUAACUAUGCAGGUUACCUUGUGUACAAGAAGAGCACAUCUAGAAUGGCUCAUUUCCUAGGAUCCUGUCUGAUUUCAUGGGGUACAAGGAAGUAA